ACUUUACAUACAAGCACAGACGACCAGUUUGGAUUUGCAUCAGUUACAGAAGAAAUUAAUGAAGCUGUGCUGAAGAAUGACCAACCAGCAGCUGCUGCAAGGAUCAAUGAGUUAAUGAUGAAGGAGAAAAACAUCACAUUAAAUAUUGCCAUCACAGGAGAAUCUGGGGCUGGUAAAUCCACCUUUGUUAAUGCCCUCAGAGGACUAUGUGAUGAUGAUGAGGGAGCUGCUCCUACUGGUGUUACAGAAUCCUCAAUGGAUCCUAAACCACACUUCCAUCCAGACUAUCCCAAUGUUAUCUUAUGGGAUCUUCCUGGAAUUGGCACCUUGAAGUAUCCAGCUGACUCAUACCUGAGGUAUGUUGGAUUUGAGAAGUAUGACUUCUUCAUCAUCAUUGCGGCUGCUCGGUUCAAAGAGAAUGAUGUGAAACUCGCUCAGGAGAUUCAGAGGAUGAAGAAAAAGUUCUACUUUGUUCGCUCAAAGAUUGACAACGAUAUAAAUGCUGAGAGAAGAAAGAGAGACUUCAGUGCAGAGAGGACUCUGACAGAGAUCAGAGACGACUGCGUUAAAGGACUCAGAGGAUUAGGCAUCGAGUCUCCACAGGUCUUCCUGGUGUCCAGCUUUGAGCUCCACCUGUACCACUUCUCUCUCUUACAUGAGACCUUAGACAGAGACCUUCCUGCACACAAGAGAGAUGCUCUGCUGUGUGCCACGCCCAACAUCAACCCAGAGAUCAUCAGGAAGAAGAAACAAGCUCUGAAGUCCAAAAUAAAAUACUGGGCUACUCUGUCUGCAGCUGGAGCAGCUGUUCCAGUUCCUGGUCUUUCUAUUGUUGUUGAUGCUGCUUUGCUGGUUGGUGUUGUCACAGAUUAUGUUCAUGCAUUCGGUCUCGAUAUCCCGUCUCUGAAGAGACUUUCUGCCAGAACAGGUGUGCCAUAUGCUGAUCUGUGUGCUGUCAUCAUUUCACCACUUGCUGCAGCAAACAUAACUACAGAGCUCCUCCUGAAGGUGAUAGCCCAACUUGAGUCCGUAGCUGCAUUAAUUGCGGCAGAGAAAGUAUUCAGAUGGAUUCCAUUUAUUGGAAUUCCAAUAGCCAUGGGUCUCUCUAGUACCAAAACUAUCAAGGAUCAAAUUCUGAAUUUGAUCCUUGAUAAGCUCACUGAAGAUGCUCAGAGGGUGUUUAAAAAAGCUUUAGGCUGA